GUGCCUCCCUUUGAGGAAGUCAAGUCUCUGCUCCCUUCGCAGCGGCCUCCCUCUCACAGAAGGGAGAGCCUCCCAAGGAGGGGCCCUGGCACCACCACAGGUGGCUUGAAAUGCAAAUAAGGUAAUAAGUGUCAGAGCCGUAUCCUAGCAGUAGCUGCUUUGCAAACGUUACCAUGGCACCGAUUCAACAGUGUUCUUAGACGCAGCCACACCUCGGCAAGGUCUUUCUAACUCGGGACAGCCAAGUUCAAAGGAACUAAUGGACGAAAACCGCAAAAACAGUUCUGAACCAAUACAGGAGGUGAAUCUUCACAACACAGUUGCCCUCUGAAACAGCUACUUGAAACACGGCAUGAGACUUGAAGGGGGAAAGAGAGGAAAUGGACCAACUCCUAGAACACCUGGAAUGUGAUCCAAGCGUGGAGACAAAAUGAUGGGCUGCAGCUAGAAGACAAUAAAACUAACGAUGGAGCCCUUAUAUGAGGAAUACCUGGCCAGUCAUGGAACGAUAGUAAAACCUUAUUACUGGCUGAGUUUCUCUCUCGAUUGCUCUAAUUGUCCUUACCAUAUUCGGACGGGUGAAGAAGCAAGAGUUCCCUACACAGAAUUUUAUCAGAUUUUUGGAUUCCCUUAUGGGCCAACAUAUCCUCCAACGAAACACCUCACGUUCUAUGAGCUAAAAACUUCUUCUGGAAGCCUGGGGCAAAAGGGUCAUGCCAGCAGCUGCACUAGAAACGAUACCCACCCGGAAUCAAUGUUAUUUGAGGUGAACGGUUACCUUGACUCUGCCGUUCACAAUAACGACCGCAUCAGGCAUGUUAUUCUGUAUUCCAGUAACUCCCCUUGCAAUGAAGCCAACCACUGCUGCAUCAGCAAGAUGUAUAACUUCCUGGCAAAGUAUCCAGACAUCACUCUUAGUAUUUACUUUUCUCAGCUCUAUCACACGGAGGCUGAAUUUCCUGCCUCGGCGUGGAACCGCGAAGCUCUCCGGAGCCUGGCCAGUUUAUGGCCACAGGUCACUCUGAGCCCGAUAAGUGGUGGGAUGUGGCAUUCUCUCCUCAGCAACUUUGUGAGUGGUGUCCAGGGAGCGACUGUUUUCCAGCCCAUUUUAACCGGGAGAGCUCUGGCGGACAGGCACAACGCACAUGAAAUCAAUGCCAUAACAGGGGUGAAGCCAUAUUUCACCGAUGUUCUUCUCCAGGCAAAAGAGAAUCCGAACAUAACAGCUCAGGCAGCUUUGGAGGGCUACCCCUUAAACAAUGUCUUUCCCAGGCAGUCUUUUCAAGUGCCAAGCGGACAGCUGCCACCCAAUCUGACCCUAGACCCCAGGGUUCCUGUCGUAUUCGUGCUGGUGCCUUACAGAGACCUACCACCAAUCCACGUAGGACCAAGUCCACAUAAACCUAGGAAUAGCAUAAGGCAUUUAAAUAUGCCUCAAAUAUCAUUCCAGGAAACCGGUGAUCUCAGAAAGUCUCCCAUUGGCAUGCCAGUGAAGAGAGCAGAAAUCACAGGACAGUUUGCAAGUAGCAAAGAAGCAGAUGAAAAGAGGAAGAAGAAAGGGAAAAACUAAAAUUUGCAUUUCGACAACUGGUCAGGAGACCAAACUACUACCAGAGGACUUUAUUAGAUAGGCAGCAGAAAUCUGGAAACUUUCUCUCUUAGGUCUGAUUCAAGACGGAGAUAAACUGACACACUAAAAGCAAAACAUGAAUUAUUUAUUUCAACUAUUACAAGGCUACACUAUUUUUAACAUAACCCAAGAUCUUUCCAUAAGCAACUUGAUCUCUCUCCUUUAGUUUGAAAUUGACAGUAUCAAAAUGGAGUCACUAGUAACUUGCUAAUAUUCUGAUGUGGAUAAGAAAAUGUCAUUAUUAUACACUACCCACAUCAUCUUUCCACUGAAAAAGCCCAUGGACUAAAUAGCUUCCUAAAUUGGUUUCGGUAUAAAACAUUUACUGCAAAAUUGGAAAACAGCCUGAGUUACUGACAUUAAGUGCUGCCUGCAAAAGCAAACCAGUGAUUUUCCAUUAAUUGUUAACCAUGGACAGAAGAUUUUAGGCAGUUCAUUUCCUUUUUUAUCUAAAGUGGUUCAAAAUAGUUUGUGGGGAGAAAAGUUCUUUAGCUAAUUGAUUAGCUAUAGCUACCAAAAUUGAUUUUUGAAACCAGUCACCUGCUCAGUUUGAUCUUUCUUUCCAGAGCAGAUGAUAAAGGUGGGAUAAUACAUGAGAGUCUCCAAAAGGCCUUCCAUCACACACCACAUAAAAUCCAAGCCACUCUACGGACUUUCAAGAUUCCUCCUCUACCUUCCUGCCACCCUGUCGCAUCAGCGAGAGUAUCAGUUCCUGCAGGUCACACUGUCUCUCCUCUUUGGUUUUCCCUUAGGGUUUAGCACAGUAUUCAGACAAAAGGUGGAGAGGAAGUCUGUGAAUCUACGUUUUCAGUAACUUAACCAAUUGCCACUCCCCAACAUUCCUUUUCCAUUCCAGCCAGGCACCAGCUUAGCCAUACUGCAAUGAAUAUCUUUUUUUUGUUAGGAUCCAUUCUCCCUUUUUCUGAUAUAGCUUCCCAAAGCAUAAUUUGUUUUACUUUCCCUUUUCUCACCCCUUCUCUUAAAAUUUUGUUCCAAACACACUUCUAAGAAGUGCUCCUUGACUAAUUCUCUGAGCAUGUACAUUAAAGUACCUUGUUUAUGUUUAA